GGAAAGGGGAACAGUUAAAUUUGUAAUUUGGGUUGUGUGAAAACUUCUUUGGGCCUCAUAAACAACCACAGAACCACAAGUUGGGUAGCCUGGCAGUGUCAGAAGUCUGAACCCAGCACAGUGGUCAGCAGGCAGGACGAAUCACACUGAAUGCAAACCACAGGGUUUCGCAGCGUGGUAAGCAUCACCAACCCACAGCCAAGGCGGCGCUGGCUUUUUUUUUUUUUUUUUUUAAUCUUUAACAAUUUGAAUAUUUGUUUUUACAAAGGUGCAUUUUUUAAUAGGGCUUGGGGAGUCCCAGAGGUAUCCAGCAGGGGGGAAAAGAGAGAGAGAUGUAGGGCUAGAAGGGUGAGGGUGAAACAGUGACCUGUCUUGGUUUUCGCUCCGAAGGUAAAAGAAAUCAUUGAGUCCCCCGCCUUCAGAAGAGGGUGCAUUUUCAGGAGGAAGCGAUGGCUUCAGACAGCAUAUUUGAGUCAUUUCCUUCAUACCCACAGUGCUUCAUGAGAGAAUGCAUACUUGGAAUGAAUCCUCCUAGAGACGUCCACGAUGCCAGCACGAGCCGCCGCUUCACGCCGCCUUCCACCGCGCUGAGCCCAGGCAAGAUGAGCGAGGCGUUGCCGCUGGGCGCCCCGGACGCCGGCGCUGCCCUGGCCGGCAAGCUGAGGAGCGGCGACCGCAGCAUGGUGGAGGUGCUGGCCGACCACCCGGGCGAGCUGGUGCGCACCGACAGCCCCAACUUCCUCUGCUCCGUGCUGCCUACGCACUGGCGCUGCAACAAGACCCUGCCCAUCGCUUUCAAGGUGGUGGCCCUAGGGGAUGUUCCAGAUGGCACUCUGGUCACUGUGAUGGCCGGCAAUGAUGAAAACUACUCGGCUGAGCUUAGAAAUGCUACCGCAGCCAUGAAGAACCAAGUUGCAAGAUUUAAUGACCUCAGGUUUGUCGGUCGAAGUGGAAGAGGGAAAAGCUUCACUCUGACCAUCACUGUCUUCACAAACCCACCGCAAGUCGCCACCUACCACAGAGCCAUCAAAAUCACAGUGGAUGGGCCCCGAGAACCUCGAAGACAUCGGCAGAAACUAGAUGAUCAGACCAAGCCCGGGAGCUUGUCCUUUUCCGAGCGGCUCAGUGAACUGGAGCAGCUGCGGCGCACAGCCAUGAGGGUCAGCCCACACCACCCAGCCCCCACGCCCAACCCUCGUGCCUCCCUGAACCACUCCACUGCCUUUAACCCUCAGCCUCAGAGUCAGAUGCAGGAUACAAGGCAGAUCCAGCCAUCCCCACCGUGGUCCUAUGAUCAGUCCUACCAAUACCUGGGAUCCAUUGCCUCUCCUUCUGUGCACCCAGCAACGCCCAUUUCACCUGGACGUGCCAGCGGCAUGACAACCCUCUCUGCAGAACUUUCCAGUCGACUCUCAACGGCACCCGACCUGACGGCCUUCAGCGACCCGCGCCAGUUCCCCGCGCUGCCCUCCAUCUCUGACCCCCGCAUGCACUACCCAGGCGCCUUCACCUACUCCCCGACGCCAGUCACCUCGGGCAUCGGCAUCGGCAUGUCGGCCAUGGGCUCGGCCACGCGCUACCACACCUACCUGCCGCCGCCCUACCCCGGCUCGUCGCAAGCGCAGGGCGGCCCAUUCCAAGCCAGCUCGCCCUCCUACCACCUGUACUACGGCGCCUCGGCCGGCUCCUACCAGUUCUCCAUGGUGGGCGGCGAGCGCUCGCCGCCGCGCAUCCUGCCGCCCUGCACCAACGCCUCCACCGGCUCCGCGCUGCUCAACCCCAGCCUCCCGAACCAGAGCGACGUGGUGGAGGCCGAGGGCAGCCACAGCAACUCCCCCACCAACAUGGCGCCCGCCGCGCGCCUGGAGGAGGCCGUGUGGAGGCCCUACUGAGGCGCCAGGCCCGGCCCGGCUCGGCCCCGCGGGGCGUCGCCUCCUCCUCCGGGCGCCCUGGCCUCCUGUUCCCGACAAGCCUGGCGGGGUCCCGGGCCCGGCCACAGUCCUGGGGCCGAGGGCGCCCGACGGCCAGACGGCCACGAGCUCGCUGUAGGUCAGGCCCGCGCAGCCUCCGGCACCCGGAAGCCCACGCCGCCGCCGCCGCCGCCGCCGCCGUCCGCCGGCGCCCCGGUCUUCGCGGAGGUGUCCGAGCCGACGCACCUCGAGGGUGUCCACCUGCCCCAGCACCCAGGGGACGCGCUGGAAAGCAAACAGGAAGAUUCCCGGAGGGAAACUGUGAAUGCUUCUGUUUUAGCAAUGCUGUGAAUAAAAAGAAAGAUUUUAUACCCUUGACUUAACUUUUUAACCAAGUUGUUUAUUCCAAAGAGUGUGGAAUUUUGGUUGGGCUGGGGGGAGAGGGGGGAUGCAACUCGCCCUGUUUGGCAUCUAAUUCUUAUUUUUAAUUUUUCCGCACCUUAUCAAUUGCAAAAUGCGUAUUUGCAUUUGGGUGGUUUUUAUUUUUAUAUACCUAUAUAUAAAUAUAUAUAAAUUGAGCUUGCUUCUUUCUUGCUUUGACCAUGGAAAGAAAUAUGAUUCCCUUUUCUGUUAAGUUUUAUUUAACUUUUCUUUUGGACUUUUGGGUAGUUGUUUUUUUUGAGAAACAGCUACAGCUUUGGGUCAUUUUUAACUACUGUAUUCCCACAAGGAAUCCCCAGAUAUUUAUGUAUCUUGAUGUUCAGACAUUUAUGUGUUGAUACUUUUUUAAUUAUUUAAAUGUACUUAUAUUAAGAAAAAUAUCAAGUACUACAUUUUUUUUCUGUUCUUGAUAGUAGCCAAAGUUAAAUGUAUCACAUUGAAGAAGGCUAGAAAAAAAGGAUGAGUAAUGUGAUCACUUGGUUAUCCAGAAGUAUUGUUUACAUUAAACUCCCUUUCAUGUUAAUCAAACAAGUGGGUAGCUCACGCAGCAAUGUUUUUAAUAGGAUUUUUAGACACUGAGGGUCACUCCAAGGAUCAGAAGUAUGGAAUUUUCUGCCAGGCUUACCAAGGGUCUCAUAUCUAACCUCCUCCUUAAAACAGAGAAGGUCAAUCUAGUUCCAGAGGGUUGAGGCAGGUGCCAGUAAUUACAUCUUUGGAGAGGAUUCGAUUUCUGUCCAGGGAUUUGCUCACCCCAAGGUCAUCUGAUAAUUUCACAGAUGCUGUGUAACAGAACACAGCCAAAGUAAACUGUGUAGGGGAGGCACAUUUACAUAGGAACCAAAUCAAUGAAUUUAGGGGCUACGAUUGUAGCAAUUUAGGGGCGCACCAGAGGCAGGCCUCAAGGAGCCAAUUUCCCUCUGUGUGCCUCAGUGGAGACAAGUGGGAAAACAUGGUCCCACCCGUGCAAGACCCCCUGUCCUGUGCUGCUCACUCAACAACAUCUUUGUGUUGCUUUCACCAGGCUGAGACCCUACCCUAUGUGGUAUGUGGACUUUUACCUGUGCACCAGUGUGACAGGAAAGAUUCAUGUCACUGCUGUCCGUGGCUACAAUUCAAAGGUAUCCAAUGUCACUGUAAAUUUUAUGGCACUAUUUUUAUUGGAGGAUUUGGUCAGAAUGCAGUCGUUGUACAACUCAUAAACCCUAACUGCUGAUUUUGACAUAUGUGUGCUCCAAAUGAUCUGGUGGUUAUUUAACGUACCUCUUAAAAUUCGUUGAAACGAUUUCAGGUCAACUCUGAAGAGUAUUUGAAAGCAGGACUUCAGAACAGUGUUUGAUUUUUAUUUUGUAAAUUUAAGCAUUCAAAUUAGACAAAUCUUUGGCUGCAGGCAGCAAAAAACAGCUGGACUUAUUUAAAACAACUUGUUUUUGAGUUUUCUUAUAUAUAUAUUGAUUAUUUGUUUUACACACAUGCAGUAGCACUUUGGUAAGAGUUAAAGAGUAAAGCAGCUUAUGUUGUCAGAUCGUUCUUAUCUAGAGAAGAGCUAUAGCAGAUCUCGGAGAAACUCGGAAUAUAUUCACUUUCAUUUUCCACAGGAUUCCCUCCACAACUCAGUUCCAUCUAUUAUUCCAUAUUACAUUUCUGCAGCUAAAUUACCAUAAAAUGUCAGCAAAUGUAAAAAUUUAAUUUCUGAAAAGGACCAUUAGCCCAUUUCCCCCAAAUUGAACGUAAAUGUUCUUUUCAGCACAUGUUGCCAUGUCUGACCUGCAAAAAUCCUGGAGAAAAAUGAAGGAAAAAAUUAUGUUUUUCAGUUUAAUUCUGUUACCUGAAGAUACUCCAACUCAAAACCAGCCUCACGCUCUGAUUAGAUAAUCUUUCACGUUGAACCUUUACUCUCAAAGCCAUGUGUGGAGAGGGCUUGUCACUAUUGUAGGCUCACUGAUUUGGUCAUUUAGAGUUUCACAGACUCUUACCAGCAUACAUAGUAUUUAAUUGUUUCAAAAAAAAACUAGACCUUAGUUGUUUUGGAGAUAGGUCUCACGCAACACAUUUUGUGUGUGUGUGUGUGUGUGUGUGUGAGAAAAAUUGCAUUCAUUGACUUCAGGUAGAUUAAGGUAUCUUUUUAUUCAUUGCCCUUAGGAAAUUUCGUUAAGGUAUCAAUGAGACCCUCAGGCCAACCAUAUAAUAACUGCAUGUGUCUGGUCCAGGAGAAGUAUUGAAUAAGCCAUUUCUACUGCUUACUCAUGUCCCUAUUUAUGAUUUCAACAUGGACACAUAUUUCAGUUCUGUUUUUCUCACUAUCUGAAAAUACAUUUCCCUCCAUCUCUUCCCCCCAAUAUCUCCCUCUUUUUCUCUCUUCUUCUGUCUUCCAAACCUCAUUUUCUCUCUCCUCAUUUUCCCAUGUUCUCUUAAGGAGAUAGCACAUACCCCCACCCAGUACCAAAUUUCAGAACACAAGAAGGUCCAGUUCUGUCCCCUUCACAUAAAGGAACAUGGUGAGUCAGCCUUUCUCCUGUUUAUGGGUUUCUUCCAGCAGAGCAGAGACAUUGCCAACCAUAUUGGAUCUGCUUGCUGUCCAAACGCAGCCACAAGAGCUUUCCUGGGCGAAUCACAAUCAGUGAGUAAAUAGACAGCCUUUCUGCUGCCUCGGGUUUCUGUGCAGAUAAACAGAAAUGCUCUGAUUAGAAAGGAAAUGAAUGGUUCCACUCAAAUAUCCUGCAAUUUAGGAUUGCAGAUUUCUGCCUUGAAAUACCUGUUUCCUUGGGACAUUCCGUCCUGGUGAUUUUUAUUUUUGUUGGUUUUUAUUUUGGGGGGAAUGACAUGUUUGGGUCUUUUAUACAUGAAAAUUUGUUUGACAAUGAUCUCACAAAACAUUUUUUUACAUCUGAACAAAAUGCCUUUUUGUUUACCCUAGUGUAUACAUUUGUUUUGGGAUUUUUGUGUGUUUGUUGGGAAUUUUGUUUUUAGCCAGGUCAGUAUUGAUGAGGCUGAUCAUUUGGCUCUUUUUUUUUCUUCCAGAAGAGUUGCAUCAACAAAGUUAAUUGUAUUUAUGUAUGUAAAUAGAUUAAGCUUCAUUAUAAAAUAUUGUUAAUGCCUAUAACUUUUCUUUCCAUUUUUUUGUGUGUGUUUCUAAGGACUUUUUCUUAGGUUUGCUAAAUACUGUAGGGAAAAAAAAUGCUUCUUUCUACUUUGUUUAUUUUAGACUUUAAAAUGAGCUACUUCUUAUUCACUUUUGUAAACAGCUAAUAGCAUGGUUCCAAUUUUUUUUAAGUUCACUUUUUUUGUUCUGGGGAAAUGAAUGUGCAAAAAAGAAAAAGAACUGUUGGUUAUUUGUGUUACUCUGGAUGUAUAAAAAUCAACGGAAAAAAAUAAACUUUCAAAUUGAAAUGACGGUAUAACACAUCUAUUGAAAAAGCAACGGGAGAUGUGGUCCUAUUUAAACCAGCCCCCACCUAGGGUCUACUUGUGUGGCAAUUAUUGGGUUUAGUAACAAAACAUCCUGCAAAUUCGUGCAUGGGCUCCUUUCUCCCUGGUACAAACGUAUCAAACGCUUCCUAAAGGGGAACUGUCACGCUUGUGUCUUCAGCCAGAUGAUAUGAGAGAAUACCCCAGAAACCCCUCUCCCAAGUGUUUCUAGAUAGCACAGGAGAGCAGGCACUCCACUGUACACAGUCCAUGGUACCCAGUCGAGUGGGCCACCUCCCCUCUCCUGGGAGCAUUCACCGUGCCCAGCCUGUGCAGGGCAGCUGGACUGCUGCUGUUCAGGAGCCACCAGAGCCUUCCUCUCUUUGUACCACAGUUUCUUCUGUAAAUCCAGUGUUCUAAUCAGUGUGAAUGGCAAAUAAACAGUUUGACAAGUACAUACACCAUA